ACACAGUUUGCCUUGAAGUCGGAGAAUAGCUAAAUUCUUUACUCUAAAAAUGUUUUGAAAUUCACGUAGAGCAUAAAAUUUCGUUGCAGUUUUUGAAUACGUUUGGUUGAUGUUCGUUUUGCGCGCGCCCAAUGCAUGUGUUGCUCUAGCGUUAUCGAUUACACAACAAUACAACCGUGCGUACACAAAACAAGUGACCAACACUGCUGCUGACAGUGACCGUUUGUCUGCGUGUGUGUGUGUGUGGUGUGUGAGAGAUCGAAGACAAUGGCUGCGGCUGCGGACGGUGCUGUUCCUACCCUUGCAAUUCGCUCUAGCGUGGCUGUUGAGCUGUGGUCGUCAGCUGGUGCAAAACAGCCAUUCGAACACAAGCCCAAUUUGCCGCGAGAGGAGACGAAAAGUUCACGUUCGAUCUGCUUCAGUCCGGAUGGACGAUACUUUGCCUACUCGAAUGGCGUUGAGGUGAAGGUUCUGAGUGUGCCAACUUCCAACACUGGCAAUCUCAAUUGGCCAGUUCAGUGUUCUCUGCCGCGUCCAAAGGCCUUCUAUCUGAAGUUCUCGCCGCGCGGCAAUUUUCUGUGCACUUGGGAACAUUAUGCCAUUACCAAGGAUCGUCCCGAGGGUGCUGCCAAUCUGCUCGUUUAUGAUGUUGCCACUGGCAAAGAGGUUUUUGCCAUUGUACAAAAGAAUCAAACGGAUUGGCAGCCAUCCUGGUCAUCGGAUGAAUCGAUCUUUGCCUUAGUCGUUGGCGGCGAAGCGCUAUUUUAUGAUUUAGCCGCUGGUCCCGUCGACGGCUUUGCCACAACAUCACGCAAAAUUGGCGGCAGUCGCGGCGGCAUGUUAUCUCUCGGUCCCGGCAAUUGUCCACCCUAUCUGGCCUUCUAUACGCCCGGCGCCAAGGGCGCCCCAUCCAUGUGCAAGCUGUACAAGUAUCCGGCACUAGGACAACAACAAAGCGUUGCCUGCAAGAGUUUCUUCCAAGCAGAUCGCGUAGAGAUGCUCUGGAAUAAGCGUGGCAGUGGACUGUUGUUGCUUACCAGCACAGAGGUGGACAAAAGCGGUGCCUCGUACUAUGGCAACCAGGCGGUGCAUUUUAUGGCUACCAAAGGUGACACCUGCUCGGUGCCCCUAUCCAAGGAGGGCCCUGUGCAUUGCGUGAAAUGGAGCCCCAAGGCUAAUGAGUUUGUGGUCGUUUAUGGAUUUAUGCCGUCAAAGGCGGCGCUCUACAAUCUCAAGUGCGAUGUUAUCUUUGACUUUGGGGAGGGACCCCGUAAUUGUGCCUAUUUCAAUCCAUUUGGUAACCUCAUUGUGCUGGGCGGUUUUGGUAAUCUCCCCGGAGCCGUUGAAGUCUGGGAUGUGAGCAAGCGAGAGAAGAUUGCCAAUCUGAAGUGUGCGGAUACCACACACUUCGAAUGGCAUCCAAAUGGCGAGUGGUUUGUCACUGCGACCACAGCACCUCGUUUGCGCAUUAGCAAUGGCUUUAAGGUGUAUCAUUAUUCGGGAGCCUUGCUGCAUGAGACAUUGUGGCCCCAGGGCCAGGAGUUGUUGGGCAUCGAGUGGCAAGCGUUUGCGGAUAAUACAUUUGCCGAGCCAAAGAUUACCAAGGCCAAGCAUGAGGGUAUCAAGUCAAGUCAACCGGAGGCCAGCAAGAAGGCCUACACACCGCCACAUUUGCGAUUGCUUAAAGAGGGCAAGAAUCCCGAAAAGUAUUUGCCGCAAUCGACAUUGGUGCCGGGACUUUCAGCAACAGCAGGAGGAGCAGCACCAGGUGCUGGUGCAAAUAAGAAUAAAAAGAAGAACAAUAAUAAUGGCAGUAACAGGCCGAAGGGCACCAAUAGGCGUGAAGCUGGCGAUGCCACACCGCCAGAUGCAGCGGCUCCAAGCGAGAGCCUGGGACAGCAGCAGACUGCUAAUCAUUUUGGUGAAUCGCCGCGUCGUCAGGCGCCCAACAGGCAACAACGCCAGCUGCCAAGACAUCUGCAACAACAGCAGCAGCAGCAGCCUCAACAGGAUCAACAUCCAGUUGAAUUUGGCACACCGCGUCAUCAGCAUGCCAAUGGAAAUGUUGGUGGCUAUAACAGCAGCAACACAACCGGCAACGGUGGCAACAAUAAUAGCGACAAGGAUCGCAAGAUUCGCAGUGUGGCCAAGAAAUUGUCCGACAUUAAGAAGCUCAAGUCACGUCAAAGUCAAGGCGAAACCCUGGAAUUAAACCAGUUGAACAAAAUUGAAAUGGAGGCUAGAUAUCUGGAGGAGCUUAAGGCGCUCAAAUUGUCCGCCUAGUUAUCCAAACCGAUCCCCAAAUGCCAUCAUCAUCAUCAACUGUUAAAUGUGUGAUACAACAACAAACAAACAAAACUAUCGAGAAACACUCAUUGAGUUGGUUUAUUUCUGGAUUCCCUGUAAUUUGUGUACUUUCGAACUUCCUUUCUCCCUCCCCUUAUAUAUUAAUUUGCUAUCGAAACAUGAAA